GUUGCAGUUGAAAGCAGACAAAGAAGUGUUUCAUAUACCACUCGGGAGUGAAGCGUAACUAGUUUGCUUAGCUAUAGCAGGCUGUGCGAAUCAUACAUACUAAAACUAAUUUGGAUAUGGCAGAGCUACAGCCAAAAAAUCUGAAACAUAAGUUGGAAGAGGUGUCUCCACUCUCCCCUCCCCCCCCCCCCAAUGUUGUAUCUACAGGGUUCCAAAGAGACUACGUGAUGUGAAUGAGAAGGCAUACACACCUCAGGUGGUCUCAAUAGGCCAGCUUCACCAUGGUGGAGAAGGCUUAGAAGCCAUGGAAGAUCACAAAAUAUGGUAUGUGAAGGACUUUCUGGAACGGACCAAGAAUAGGGUAUACAUAAGGCCAUUUGAAGAAAUGAAGGAGAAAAUCAAGCAUGAAGGAACAAAACAUUUUGUUGAUUUUGUCCUCACAUGUCAUCGACCUUUAGAGCUUCCCAAGAAGAAGAGACUCAAGACUUUAACCAUACCGAGUGCAACAGAAUUAUACCAGUCCGGAGUUAAGUUUGAGAAUGUCAAUGACAAAAACAUAUUUGACAUAAAAUUUGAGAAUGGGGUCCUGCAAAUUCCACACUUGAGAAUUCGCGGGUCAACAGAAAUUUUCUUUCGGAAUCUCAUUGCCUACGAGCAGUGUGAGCUCCAUGAUCACUACUUCAACGAUUAUGUGUUCAUCAUUGACCUCCUGGUUGACAGUUCCAAGGAUGUGGACUUGCUUGUUAAGAGUGGAAUCCUUGAAUCUAAGCUACCGGAUAGUGAAGCAGCGGCAAGUUAUAUCAACUCCCUUGACUUGGGGCCUAUUCUGUUCAGUAGAAACUUCUAUUUUACUGAUCUCUGUGAGGAUCUGAAUGCAUACUACAGAGUCCCCUGGCACAAGUGGAAGGCAAGCUUGAAACAGGACUAUUUUAGUACUCCAUGGGCUGGACUGUCUAUUGUUGUAGCGGCUAUUCUCGUUGUGCUCACUUUUAUUCAAACAGUGUGCUCUAUAAUGUCUUUGUAGAUUGUAUUUCUGAUCAAGUUUGAUGUUUAUGCACUUCAGAUUUGUUGUUCAUGUACUGAUGUAAGAUAACUAACAGUGAUUGCUUUGUUUGUGUGCUCUUA